CUUUUGGUUGCCUCGGUCACAGUGUUCAUAGAGAUCCUCCGAUACAAAAGCUAUAAGCAGGCUUAAGAGAAGGAAUCAAUACCCCCAAAAAAGGAGCAAAAUAGAUCAUCGUUAAUCAUUCAACCCCUAAACCAUUAUUUAUCUCUCACUUUUUGUUCACUUUACUUUAUAAAACUCACACUCGCACAUCAUCAAUCCACAAAAAAUUUUAUGAAAAAAAAACACACACACACACAGAGAGAGAAAAAAGAAGAAGAAACCCAGUGGGUCGGUGACCCAGUGCCUUACAAGAUACGACUAUUAACAACACAAUCUAGCUAGUAGAAGACCGGUACUCUUUCAUGCUCUCUCACUUGCUUUCCUUUUCAAAGGCAGAGAGAGAGAGAGAGAUCCCAAUGUUUCACGCCCCACCAACUGCCAUUUCUUCCGCCUAAAGCUUUCUUUUUAUCCAGUCAUGACGGGUGCCAUCUAUAUGUCCUAUUUUACUGUUCAUUGCUAAAGAGAGAUUACCUCGAUAUAUAUAAAAGGGCAAUGGAUGUAGGUAGAAGGAGAGACGGGGUAAGGAGUGGUGUGGUUGCAGGGUCUGUGUGGGAGAGCAGAAUGAAGAUUGAUGAAGUCAAAGGUGGGAUUAAGGUCUUCAAUGGCGAUCAGGAGAAUUCUGAAGAUCAGAGUAAUGCUAGCAAUGGGGUUGCUGGAACUCGUACAAGGUCGAAGAGAGGUCAAGCUGGUGGUGCACUGACUGCUGCUGGCAAGAGAAAGACUUGGAAAUCUGACACCUCUGAAGGUUUUGAGAAGAACCCAAUUCAGAUAUCCAAAGCAAAAACAGAGUCUUUGAAGAAUUCUGACCAACAGUGCAAGGAACUGAGUGUGUCUGUUGAUGGGAUCAAGAAGAGCCCAACUCAGCUGAGAAGACUUAGAUCUGAGGCAAGCAAGGAGAUUGGUGCUGCUGCUUCUGAUAAAAAUGAGAGAAGCUCAGUUGGGAUUAGGAAACCAAGGAAUGAAUUACUGAAAAGUGCUAGUGAUUUGGGUGAAGCUAGUGUGGGAAUUGAGAAAAAUUCAGCUCAGUUAAGGAAGGUAAAAUCAGAGUGUAAUAAGCGACUUGAUGCUUCUGGUAAUGCAAUUCAAUUGGGAAAAGAGAAAUCUGAGUCCAAUAAGGCCUUGGAUGAAUCUGAUAAGGAAAUUGAUACGCCUGUUGAGGUAAUUGAGAAAAGCCCAGUUGAGAUUGAAAACAGUGGAUCAGAGGAGAAUUGCAAGGAGUUCGGUGUGUGCCAAGAAAUGGUCAUUUCAAGCGGCGAGAGCAAUGUGGAUGUGCUCAAAUCUGAUCCAAAAGCAUCGGUGCAUGAUGGUGAUGAUCAAGAGGGUGAUGAAGAAGAUGAUGGAGAUGAAUUGGAGGAAGAGGUGGAUGAGGAAAUUGAGGUUGAGGUUGAAAAGAAAAGCGUUGAUAUUAAGGAAGUCAAUGCAACAGAAGAGAAAUUGACCACCAAGGUUGUGAAUGAAGAGAAGGUUGUGAAAGUGAAUGAGGUCAAGAAGCUUCUUCACCUUGACCGCAAAGAAGUGAAAAAGCUUUAUCAAGUUCAUCAAAAUCAGAAGCCAGAACCCAUCUCCUUAAACUUGACAAAACCACUUCCUGUUAUAAAACGUGCAACAGUUCAUUCAAACAUCCCCAAACAAACUUCGUUUGCAGCUUCAAAUGAGUACCAUAACCAUACCAGCUUCCAAGAAACACACAGCAGAUUGCAAAGUUUGGUGGAUUUAAUUAUGUGGAAAGAUAUAUCAAGAUCGGUUUUUGUAUUUGGAAUGGGAGCAUUUGUGAUACUAUCAUCCUCCUACACCAAGGAUCUUAAUAUCAGCUUUAUUUCUGUCAUAUCCUAUAUGGGGCUUCUUUAUCUAGGUGCCAUCUUCCUCUUUAAGUCCAUUAUCUGCAGGGGAGCUGUUGAAGUAGAUAAUGCAAACUAUGUGGUGGGCGAAGAAGAAGCAAUGUGGUUGCUAAAACUGGUUCUCCCUUACUUGAAUGAGCUCCUCCUAAAGAUGAAAGCUUUAUUUUCUGGGGAUCCUGCUACCACAAUUAAGUUGGCAGUGCUGCUCUUUGUUCUGGCCAGGUGUGGCAGCUCCAUAACCAUUUGGACGAUGUCCAAAGUGGGCUUUUUCGGAGUUUUCACCCUGCCAAAAGUCUGCUCUUUGUACUCAGCCCAGUUAACUGUUUACGCUAAAUUUUGGAUUCGACGGUUUCGGGAUGCUUGGGAAUCAUGCACUCACAAGAAGGCCUUGACCGUUGCCAUAUUUCUACUGGUUUGGAACCUGUCGUCCGUCGUGGCUCGAAUAUGGGCUGCGUUUAUAUUGGUGGUGGCCUUCCGAUACUAUCAACAGAAAUUGGUGACGGAAGAGUGGGUGGAAGAAGAAGAAGAAGAAGAAGAAGAAUAUGAGGAUGAUGCAGGGGGUGAAGAAAAGUGGGAAGAAGCACUAGGAGCAGAAAGACUAAGACAAAGGCAUGUGCAAUCUCAAGUGGAUAAUAAUAUUACCAAACCAAAGAAGGAUUCUAGAUAAAGCCUCUAUCAUGUUCAUGUGCUUGUGUUAAUCUUCUUCCAACUUUUUAAAAUUUUACAGUAUUUCUUUUGUUUUUUUCCCCUCCUUUUACUGUAAAUAACUAAAUAUGUUUCAUUAGGGACAUUUAUUGGUCCUGCUAACAAGUCUAGGAGGACAUUGUGAGUUUGUGACCAAUAAUUAUUUCAGUGUACUUUGUAGCUCUUACAAAUAUAAAGGGAAAUAAUUACAACCAAAAAAA